GGUCUCCGCAGUCACAUGCUGGGCGGAGGCAGCUUCCAGCGGCGGAGCGGAGACGCGGAGAGGGAGCGGCCGCGAGUCCAGCACCAUGUCCGGCCUCAAAGUCUACAGCACCUCGGUGACCGGCUCCAGGGAGAUCAAGUCCCAGCAGAGUGAAGUGACCAGGAUCCUGGAUGGGAAAAAUAUCAAGUAUGAACUGGUGGAUAUCUCCCAGGAUAAUGCCCUGCGGGAGGAGAUGAGGACCAGGUCAGGCAAUCCCAAAGCCAUUCCACCCCAGAUAUUCAACGGCGACCAUUACUGUGGGGACUAUGAGUUGUUUGUGGAGGCCGUGGAACAGAACACCCUGCAGGAGUUCCUGAAGUUAGCCUGAGCAUUCCUUUCCCAUCCUGGACUUUAACUCUGCAUUCCCAACCAACUGCCUCUCUGAUCACCUUAACUCCUAGGCUGUCCGUGCCAUCCCGGCCUCAUGAUCUAUCUCCUGCCGCAGGGAAACCCAUGACCAAAAACCUCUCCUCUUUGCAGCUGCCUGCGAUUUCUUCCUGCCUAACCCCGAUAGUGUCUGACAGGGCCCCAAAGCAGCUCUGAUAUCACUGCAUGUUCCUUCGACCACUGCCGGGCCUUGCUCACAAGGCAGCUGCCAGUGCCUCUCUAGAAAGGAAGUCACCUGAAGUAAGGCCGUUGGAAAGCUCAGCUAUUCCUGCGCCCCUCUCCUCUGAACGAGUCUUGUGUUUUAGAAGGGAAGGGUGUGGGAUUGUGUGCUUCCUCUUUCGUCCUAUCAUCAGUUGCGGUUCUGUGUGAACACAGCAGCCUGUGCUUCCUUCCUCUCAUGCUGACUGUAGACAUGCUGAGGGCUGAGGGCAGUUUGUUGUUUAAACUCAAUGCAGAAGCACUGCACAAGAAGAGGGUUUGAAUUCCCUCACAGCCAGAGAGAGGGAGGAUGAAACAAAUAAAACUACUUCAGUAGAGUGCGGAGCUCUCUUGAAAAGGCUCUGAGGGGUGGGUGGUGAGGGCAGAUCUGCUAUUAGGGGACCCAUACAGUUCCAUUAGCACAUUCCUGUACUGAUGUGAUGUGAAAGCUCCCUUUAGGAGGGCUCAGGGGCUGCUCCAGAAUGUCUGACGCUCCAGCCUUCCUGUCUUUCCUUUUCGAGCUGGCUUGCUGUGACCUGGACCAAGUGCAUUUUGUUUUCCUGCCAAAAAGCAUCUUUCUAACCACUGUUGUCUUCUGAGAUGCUAUUAAAUGUUACUAAGCCUUU